CGACCGAGACACUAUUGACAACAGUACCUCACUUCGACCUCCUGGCACGAGUAUAAUGGUUACCUCAAGCAAGGAUACGACAAUGCUUAAUGUCGAAAAAGAUUCAUAUCAAGACAUUAAACAAGACUCACCUGAUGCCAAUAUUUCAAGUCACAACAAUAGUACAGAACGACAAACCAUAGCCGACGACGAGUAUCCACAAGGGUUGAAAUUAGGGCUUUUGGCAGGGGCGUCUAUUAUUUCUGUCUUCCUUAUUGCCCUGGAUCAGACCAUUGUUGGCACAGCUAUUCCUAAGAUAACGGAUGAGUUCCAUGGUCUCAACGAUGUGUCGUGGUACGCAGCUGCCUACUUCAUGACUUUUGGUGCAGCUCAGACAUCUGCCGGCAAGAUAUACAAAUACUACAAUCUCAAGUGGAGCUUUUUGAUUUCCAUGCUUAUUUUCGAGCUCGGGAGUCUGCUAUGCGGAGUGGCACCUAAUUCCAAAGCAUUGAUCGUUGGGCGCGCCAUAGCUGGCUUGGGUGGUGCCGGCCUCUCUGUUGGUGGAACAAGUAUCAUAUCCUUCACUGUCCCUCCUGCGAGGCGACCCAUGAUGCUGGGUAUAGUUGGUAUGACAUACGCUGUUGCUGCCGUCCUUGGGCCCUUGAUUGGUGGAGCAUUUACUGAUCGCGUCACCUGGCGGUGGUGUUUCUAUAUCAAUCUGCCGAUUGGGGGUCUCGCUGUUCUCGUUAUUUUCUUCUUCUUCUAUCUUCCAGCCGCCGCUACACCUCCUGAAAUUGCCUGGACCAAGAAACUAUUACACAUAGACCCUGUUGGGGUUGCUUUAGCCAUGGGAGGAAUAACUUGCUUUAUUCUUGCUCUUCAAUAUGGCGGUAAUUCUCAUCCAUGGAACAGCAGCGUUGUUAUCGGCCUUCUCGUCGGCUUUGGGCUCAUUGUUAUUACUCUUGUCGGAUGGGAGAUCUGGCUUGGAGAGUAUGCAAUGAUGCUCCCGAGGCUAUAUACGCAGAGAUCACUGUCAACAACAGCACCUUAUCAGUUUUUCUUUAUGGGAAGCUAUAUUGCUCUUCUGUACUACCUUCCUAUCUAUUUUCAGAGUAUUCUUGGUGCGAGUGCGAUCAAAUCAGGCGUCAACAAUCUACCCCUUGUUCUUGCAGCUGCAGUAUUUGCCCUCGCCGGGGGAAUUGUUGUAACUGUGACGGGUCGCGCUCAACAAGUCAUGUUUGUUGGCUCAAUGCUCUCCACUGUUGCAAUUGGCUUGAUAUACACCCUCGACAUCGGCACUUUGACGUCAAAGUGGGUUGGGUAUCAAUUCUUCGUCGGAUGUUCUAUGGCUUUUGCCAUGAUGCAUGGCUUGAGUAUUGCUCAGGCUGGCGCAGAUGCUAAGGAUCUUUCAGCAGUCACCGCAAACCUCCUGUUUUUCCAGACACUAGGAGGUGCAUUCAGCACCUCAGCAGCACAGUCCGCUUUUGUUAAUCGAUUGCUCGCAACUCUACCCAAGACCUCGCCGACAGUGAAUCCAUUCCUGGUGAUUAUGACAGGGGCAUCAGAUCUUCAAAAAGUGUUCCCGCCGGAUUUACUUCCCGGGGUAUUGGGGGCGUAUAUGGUUGGGAUCAAGGCUGCAUUUAUAGUGGCAAUUGCAUUCUCUGGUACUGCAUUUCUAUGUACAUUGGCUAUUCCCAUGGGGAAACUCCCUACUCAUGUCAAAGGUAAUGCGUCCAUGAUGAUAGGCUAGAUUGUCGUAGGAAAAUCUGGAGAAGUUGUGAUCUUCAAGCUGCAUAGGGAAGAUCUGCUCUCAUGUACUAUUAGA